AUGCGGUUCUCUUCUUUUUUUCCGUUGCUCAUCAUCUACGCCGUGAUGGCCAAAAACAUCGGUGACCUUUCCGUGGACAUCAUUGCGUCCUUCCAUAAUCUUUUGGGUGCCUUGGAAGAUUCCGACGAUGGCUCCGUUCGGAAACGACUCCAGUACAAGUUUCGGGAUCAGCUUGCUCGAUUAAGGGUAUGGUCUGGCGACACUGGCGCUCUCGAUAGAGGCCAGGACUCUUUGGAGUCAAGGCUCCGCGACGCAUCGCACAUUCGCACGCAGAUCCUGGAACUGCUUAAUGACUUAGCCCAGUCUCUGAAAGAUGCGAGAGACAUUAUGGCUUCCUUCGGACCGUCAUGGAACGGUUUGAAUAACGAAAAAGAAGUCCCGGAUGACGUGGAUGCUGAGACAGAAGGCACAGAGAUAGCAACAGACAUCACGGACUUGGUCGACUGUCUCUCAAGACUCAGCUUUUCCAUUCAUAACCCGGCACCCCACGACGAAAUCUUGGCCUCAAAAGUAACCGACGCCGAGAGCUUCGAACAGCAGGAUAUCCAGCACGUACGCACAAGGUUUGCGGGUAUCAAAUAUUACCUUGCACGGCGUCUGGGAAAGGCAAUAUCACGCAGGCGAGAGUACUUUCAGUACCUCAAGACUUCUCAACCCGGUUUCCGCAGUCGUGGAAGCACAAACGAAUCCCAACUCGGACCGAAAUUAAAGCCUCUCUUGACGCCUGAGCAAGUAGAACGCAUCAUUUCAGCUGGCGACUUGAGCGACGAUGACGACUCUGACCUCGGAGACUCACAGAGUAUUCAUCAAACACCAAGAAUGGCCUCACAGAAAACAAAAGACCCAAGAGUUGCCCGACAACGCUCGGCAUCCAUGUUUACUUCUUUGUUGAAGGGGGCAACCGACAUAAGCGUGGAGUGCCCGUAUUGCUAUACGGAAAUAUCUGUAAGGACUGCUUCUUCAUUGAAGAAGCAUCUGCUGGGAGAUCUCAAACCAUUCAACUGUUUGGCCGAGGUUUGCGCAAUCUCCGAGAACAGCUUUUCGACGCUCGACGAGUGGAUGCAACACAUGUUGCAAAACCACCUGAGAACAUACCGUUGUCCAGUGCUUUGCAAAAACACGUUCAUCUCCCGGUCCGAUUGCGCGAAGCACUUGGCACAGGAGCAUCCUGAGUCGAUACCGGAACAUCACGUUGAUGCAUUGAUCAGAUUGAGUUCGGAACCCUUAGACCCGGACAUGGGCGUUUCCUGUCCCAUGUGCCUGGAAAGCCUACCAUCACUGAAGAACUAUAAAACGCAUGUGGGAGAUCACCUGAUGAGUUUGGCGUUAGUUGCGCUACCUGAGGUCGAAGGCCCGGAAAGAAGUCAAGAAGACGACGGAAUCGAGAGAGUGGCCUUGGACACAGGCUCCUUCAUCACACGCCCCAUCUCUCCCGGUGGUAGGACUGGUAUAUGCGUUACCGUUACCGACAACGAGAAGAAGCCGUCAAAUUAUAAGAAAACGCCUGCUCUCGUCAUCGAAGACACGAAACAACCCCCACGUAGCCGCUCGCAACAGCCACCGGCCAGAGAGAAGCCGACGGGCGUGACACCAGGGAAACGACGAUCAACGUCACCUCUAGAUGAUAGUUGGCAACCACGAGUCUAUCUACCGUCACAGAUGGCCCCAGUUUCAAGAGCUAGACCAAACGAGUAUUUUGUCCCGAAAGAAGGCAUAAGCCGCGAAGUCAUCGCGGCCAACAUCUGCAAAUACCUUGGACUCGACGCUAUCGCACGGCCAUGUUCUCACACGGCCAUGGUCAUCGGUCUCAAAGCCGAAUCGGUGCGCUGGGAAGCCGAGAGGCAAAAGCGAGCGCCAAGCACCGACGGCGACAACGACAUGUCUGCUCGGCCUUCUAGACCCGCCCGUCUUCUUAGAGACAAAGCCUCAAGGUAUGAUGCGUCCCUGAUCAAUGACUUCAACAACGAGCUUCCAAACCACGAGAUCCAAAGCAGCCUUCUCGGUCAAUUCUCGUGGCUUGUCGAUGGAGCUGCCGCCGAUCAUGUAGACCUCCCGUUUGAUCCUGCUAUCGGUAACGGCACCGACCUCGACACAGUGUACCUGGCGCCCGGCAGUGCCGAUUCAUUGACCUCACCAUCGUUUGCGCGCGAUAUAGAUGCCACACGUCCGUACAUGACACGACCGUCUUACUCAUCAACGUCAAAGGCGAGCUAUCCCUCCCCGUCCGUACAGUCGAUUCUCUACCCCGGCGUAGCACUGGUCCGGGGUAUCUGGGCGUCGGCGGCUAAGACACCCGCCGCUGCCGCCGCUGCCGCCAGCACCAGCAAAGAUGCGGAUACACAAGCCGAGAUCCCAAUUGCCGAUAUCCACACGCAGAUGAGCUAUUUUCCAGGCAGUCGGUUGAUCGGACUUGGAGAGACCAUUUCAGGCGAUGAUGACCCAGGGAGGGAUGAAUAG